AUUGUAGAAAUUACUGCACAAUCAGAUGCCAGUGAGAUUCGACAGGACUGGAAACCAACAUUCCUUAGUAAUGAAGAGUUCACACAGUUAAUGUUAGAGGCUCUUGAUGGUUUUUUUUUAGCAAUUAUGACAGAUGGAAAUAUAAUAUAUGUUUCUGAAAGUAUAACUCCCUUACUUGAACAUUUGCCAUCUGAUCUUGUGGAUCAGAGUGUAUUUAAUUUUAUCCCAGAGGGGGAACAUUCAGAAAUGUAUAAAAUAUUAUCUUCUCAUCUGCUGGAAAGUGAUUCAUUGACACCAGAAUACUUAAAAUCAAAAAAUCAACUAGAAUUCUGUUGCCAUAUGCUGCGAGGAACAAUAGAUCCAAAAGAGCAACCAACAUACGAAUAUGUAAAAUUUAUAGGAAAUUUCAAGUGUUUGAAUAACGUUCCCAACUCAGCACACAAUGGAUUUGAAGGAACUAUUCAGCGUUUGCACCGGCCUUCGUAUGAAGACAAAGUUUGCUUUGUAGCCACAGUUAGAUUAGCAACACCGCAAUUUAUCAAGGAAAUGUGCACUGUUGAAGAACCCAAUGAAGAGUUCACAUCUAGACAUAGCUUAGAAUGGAAGUUCCUAUUCUUGGAUCACAGGGCACCUCCGAUAAUAGGUUAUCUUCCAUUUGAAGUUUUGGGAACAUCAGGCUAUGAUUAUUAUCAUGUGGAUGAUCUAGAUAAUCUUGCAAAAUGUCACGAGCAUUUAAUGCAAUAUGGGAAAGGGAAGUCAUGUUACUACAGAUUCCUGACAAAGGGACAACAGUGGAUUUGGCUGCAAACGCAUUACUAUAUCACCUAUCACCAGUGGAAUUCCAGGCCAGAGUUUAUUGUCUGUACGCACACUGUUGUAAGUUAUGCAGAAGUGAGAGCAGAAAGACGACGAGAACUUGGUAUUGAGGAGUCUCUUCCAGAGAUAACAGCAGAUAAAAGUCAGGACUCUGGAUCCGACAAUCACAUAAACACAGUGAGUCUCAAAGAAGCACUGGAAAGGUUUGAUACCAGCCCCACACCUUCUGCUUCCUCCAGGAGUUCAAGAAAAUCUUCACAUACUGCAGUAUCAGAUCAUUCAUCAACACCAACUAAAAUGACGGUAGACACUAGCACUCCCCCAAGGCAAAGCUUAUCUGGUCAUGAAAAGACUGCACAAAGAAGAUCAUCUCUGAGUAGUCAGUCUUUAAGCUCCCAGUCUCUUGGACAACCAGUAGCACAGCCAACAAUGUCUCAGCCUGCAACUUUACAGCUCCAAUCUAGCAUGUCCCAGCCUGUGUUUCAGUUUUCAGCUCAAUUAGGAGCUAUGCAGCAUCUAAAGGACCAGCUAGAGCAAAGAACACGCAUGAUAGAGGCAAACAUUCAUCGGCAGCAGGAAGAGUUGCGCAAGAUUCAAGAGCAGCUUCAAAUUGUCCAUGGUCAAGGACUCCAGAUGUUCUUGCAGCAGUCAACUUCUGGACUCAACUUUGGUUCUGUGCAGCUUGCUUCUGGAAAUUCUUCAAAUGUUCAGCAGCUUACGCCAAUAAAUAUGCAAGGUCAAGUUGUUCAGACUAAUCAGACUCAAAGUGGGAUGAACACAGGCCAUAUAAGUUCUCCACACAUGAUACAGCAACAGCCUUUGCAGAGUACUGCAACACAGCAUAAUCAACAAAAUGUACUUAGUGGACAGAAUCAACAGUCUUCUCUUGCCAGUCAGUCGCAGAACACAGUUUCAGCACCUUUGUAUAACACUAUGGUGAUUUCUCAGCCAACAACAGGAAAUGUGGUCCAGGUUCCUUCUAGCUUACCACAGAACAGUAAUCAGAAUGCUGCUGCAGUUACCACUUUUACACAGGAUAGACAAAUCAGAUUUUCUCAAGGUCAACAACUUGUAACAAAACUUGUCACAGCCCCAGUAGCAUGUGGAGCAGUAAUGGUACCAAGUACUAUGUUUAUGGGACAGGUGGUGACAGCUUAUCCCACUUUUGCUGCCCAACAGCAGCAGCCACAGACUUUGUCAAUAACGCAACAGCAGCAGCAGCAACAAAGUCAGCAAGACCAUCAGCAGCAGCUCACCACAGUUCAGCAACCAGCUCAGUCACAGCUGACCCAGCACCCCCAACAGUUCCUACAGACAUCCAGGUUACUUCAUGGAAAUCAGUCAGCUCAGCUUAUCCUCUCUGCUGCUUUCCCACUACAACAAAGCACUUUUACUCAGUCCCACCACCAGCAGCAUCAGUCUCAGCAGCAGCAACAGCAGCAGCAACUUUCACGACACAGAACUGACAAGAUGACUGAUCCCUCCAAAGUUCAGCCACAAUAGUGUGGGGCUCUGCCUCUUUUUGAAACAAACUACCAGGAGGAGGCUGCUACACAAGCAGUUGCACUGAGGCUACAGAGGUACCAGUACAAAGGCUUUCUAACACCACAGUGUUGAGAUCUAACUUCUGGAAUCUGUUAAGAAAAGCCACAAGAUGAUGAUGGGGACAUGGCCAACUUUGACGGUUGCCCCAUUUUCUGUGUUCUAAAGGAUCUGCUGCCAUGUGUUAAUUUGUCCAGGUGAAAUAUCAAAAUGUGACUGAAGUGAGAGGGAUGCUGAAAACAUUGGUAUUUUUAUCAAUCCUGUACAUUUUUGAAGUAUUAAAAUGGACAUGGAGCAAUUGUUUGAAUUAUCAGAAAAAAAAAAAAAUGCCAGGAUUAUAGUCCAAAAACCAUCUAAUUUUUUUCAGAUGAUUAUGGGACAGUAAAUAUUUUGAAAAUGUUGUGUGAAAUCCAGUUCUCUGUUGUACAGAUGCUGUAAGAUAUUGUGUAUAUGUCUGCAUACAAGGAGAAAGAGCAAACUAUUUUAUAUGAUGCAUGAAAAUGUAAUCUGUUAUUUGUAGGUUUGAAUAUGUUUCCCUAAAUUCUCACGCCAUACUCAGACUAAUGUUUUCCUCUGUUCUGCCCUUUAGUUUACAACAUGAUGCAUCAUUAUUUUCACCCUUAAUGUGGGCACAAGUCUCUUGUUUGUGCUUUGUCUGUAAUGUCAGGGUUUGUUCAGUGAGGUAUAGUGUGUUGGUUAGUUGACUUCUCAAGGUUAAAUAUUGAUGAAGCUGUUUGAACUGGUGAUCAUGCAUCAGGGUUCAGGACAUUCAGAUUCAUGAAUAUCAUCCAUCAUUUCGUAAUUAUUCCAUCAUUUUAUUUGAAAAAAUAGGAAUUUGCACUGCUUUCUUGCAGAUGGUUUAGAAUUUUAUUCCCCAAAGCUAUCUUUUGAUAUAGUUCGUAGUUGGAAAUAUUUAUGUAAAAGGUUUAAAA